AUGACACGAAGCCAAUUCCUCGAUGAUAUCAGCACUGCUCGCGCGGGUCCUCUGCCUCUUGGUGUGAUUGAUGUCAAAGCUGGCGACGAUGAUGGCGAAGUCAAGUUCGCCUUUGUCGGACACCCCGCGCCCUUCAAGAACGGUUCUGUCACUGUCACGGCCUCGAUCCAAGACCUCGGCACUUAUCCCAAGUCGCAUGAGUACUUCAUUUUUUGUGGAGAUAAUGCUCCGCGCGACAUGAGCGAUACUCUCGCCCCCGUCGGCGGAAUCAACAAGAAAAUCAACAAGAAGCCUGUCCUAGAAAUGCUUUACAUCAUGUCCGCUGCGCUGCGGAGAGUGCAACCCGACCGUGACGGCGACGUGCAGAUGCUGAGCGAAGAGGACGAAGAUGAGGCCGAGCAUGAUGAAGAGGAUGACGAUGCGGAAGAGGAAGAGGAUGACGAUGGAAACGAGGACGACGACUCAGGUCAUGGGCUCUUGGUGGCACACACUCGCAUUCGAUCAGAUCUCCGGUCCGUCAAAUCUGCCGGUUUCAGGGUCGGGCAACUCGGCCACUUACUCACAGCCGGCUCUGGCUAUGUCGUCGUCUCCAUUCGCAUUGCCAAGCUUGGCAUUUCAGAGGAAGCGAUGCAGGCAUGGCAGGUUCAGUCGACUGAGUACUUGACCUUGCUAAUUCAGUACCGAAACGGCUACAAGACCAACGAGCAAAUUUCAAGCAUGGACAGUGCUCGACUGUUGCCGAACGUCGGAAUUCGCAUUGUCAUUGGCAAGCUACCAAAACCGACGCUUCAAGAGGUCAUCGAUGUUUUCACGAGUGCACGAAACGAGAAGCAUCACAGCAGGACCGAUGGGCCAGCCGUGGGGGAUGCCAAUAACGAAGCCUCCUCAAUACGUGGUUCCUUCAUCUCAAAGCCAUUGGAUGCGCUCCUAGAUGAUCGUCUAGUCAGCAUCUUGCGUUUUCGCAGUCUCGGCAUGAGUCGUCGCGGAGCGGAAGAACACUUCUUGGCAUGUCGGUCAACUGGGCCAGCAGAAAAUCCCGUCAUUGCUGACGCUCGCGUCUUCGAGAAAGAAGUUGUCAGUGCUGCCCUACCGCACAUUGUACGUGCCGAUCACUACGAAACUGCACCCGACCAAUCGAAAGUUUCGUUCCCGCUACUCGCCAUGCAGUUUGUGCUACGCCACUUUGUGCGCUGCACUGAGUUCUGCAUGGUCUGCCAUCGGAAGCUGGAAUCUGACGUUGAAGCCAUUAAGCCAUACGUGUGCGACAAUCCGCUGUGUUUGUAUCAGUACAUGACUCUGGGUUUUGGUCCGAGCAUUGAGCACGAGGUGAUUGCGCAGCCAUAUGUCGUCGACCUGCUGGUUUCUUUUUGCUACAACAGCGCAGCUGGUCUAAAACUGCACGACUUCCCCGAUGGGCUCUCUUUGGUCGUUCCGCCCAUCCGUUCUUCGAAGUACAAUCCAGCCGGUAGCAACGCUGCAACUGCUCGCAAGGCGCCCAAACACGCUCGAACUGCAGACGUCGGAACCCGCGACAAGUUCCCGACCUUCGACGUGAAGUAUCUGCAGGGCAAGGGCGAGCUCAUCUUCGCAAAGGGAGACCCAGAAGAGUGUCCAGUCCGCUGCGGCCAAUGGAUCGUGCUGACCAGCUCUGCGAUAACUGCCCAAGAUUUACACUGCCGUGUUGCUGGUACCACGUUCUUCCCUACCAUUUCCAUCGACAAUCCGGUUGUUGUGCCACAACAAGCAGCUCCAUACAGCCUAGCAAGCACUCCAGCUGCCAGCCCUGACGUUGUCGACGCUAGCUUCCAAAUGUAUUCGCAAGAUUUCGACAAGCUCAGUACUGAAGCCAAGUGUCUGGCCAUCGGUAGGCUCCUAGAUACAUUGCCAACGGUCAACGAAAUGAGGCACUAUCUUGAGAAGCGACACUCUGCUAGCCUGCAGGGCUGGACUGAGCGCAUCUCCCCUUCUGCCGUGAGCUUACUCCGCUGGAUCAUUGCAAGCAACCGAGCUUGUAUCAUGCAAGUAGACGGGAACGCUCCUCCUGAAGGUGAGAGUGCCGCGACCGCUUCCCAAGCUCCAUCUGUGUUCGGCAAGACCCAUGAGCGUUGCCACGGUAUGAAAGGCUAUAUGCAAUUUCGCUUCGCCAUGGGCGCACCCGACAAGGAGCAACGGUUCAUCACCGAAGUUCGCAAGACUACGACACGUCUCAGCUUGAUACACCCCACGAUAUUCGCUUGGCACGGCUCUUCGCUAGCAAAUUGGCACAUGAUCAUUCGAGAAGGCUUGCACUACAACAACGUGGCGAAUGGUCGUGCUUACGGCGAUGGCGUCUACCAUGCUAGGGACGCAACCACUAGUACAGGUUACUGCAAGCCAGGCAAGCAUGGCGGUGCUGGUGUGCGUGGCGUCUGGCCGAGCAGUAUUCUGAAUAUUUCUUCGGCGUUGGCUUUGAACGAGAUUGUUAAUGCUCCGAAGGAAUUUCAAGCAAACACUCCUUACUACGUGGUCAAGCAACUCGAUUGGAUUCAGACACGAUACCUGUUCGUUCAGGUCAAUCCCAAGACGGACGAUGUCAUGAUUGGUCCCGAGGUCGUCCCCAGGCACGUUCACCCUCAGGAUCCUGCUCAUACCCCGCGAGGUAUAUCUGCGACUGAUGGUCUCAUCAUUCCAGCAUCCGCAAUCAAGUCGGGAAAGAGAGCCGCAACACCCUCACCACACAUCGAUCCGUUGCCGUUCAAGAAAAAGUUGAAGCUCUCUGGAGGUGGAGCUGCCAGUGACCCCGUGGUCAUCGCUGAUGAAGAUGACAAUGGAAGUAUCGCGACUGAUGACGAGGAUCGUGACCUCCUGGUCGACGAGCCGGGAGAGCUCCCACAGACUGAUUUCGUCCCGGGCAGUUUGAAGUUCGAUACGCUCCCGAUCAUGCCACUGCCCACUUACGCCACUUCCGCGGCCACCAAACGCCUCAUGCAGGAUCUUCGCUCACUCCAGAAGUUGCAAGACUCUACUCCUCUGGCCGAGCUUGGCUGGUAUAUCGACACUGAAAAGAUUGAGAACGCUUACCAGUGGAUCGUGGAGCUACAUUCCUUCCACACCUUCGAGUACCAAGGCAAAAAGCUACCACUAUCCGAAGAUAUGAAGAAGAAGGGCAUCACGAGCGUUGUCCUUGAAGUUCGUUUCAACAAGGACUAUCCAUUUUCGCCUCCAUACGUCCGCGUAAUUCGGCCCCAGUUUCUCAGUUUCGCUGCCGGCGGUGGUGGACAUAUUGUCAUUGGAGGUGCCAUCUGCAUGGAGCUACUGACCAACACUGGCUGGUUAAGCACGUCUUCAAUGGAGGCGGUGUUGAUGCAGAUCCGUUUGGCCAUCGCAAGUGAGCCGUACGCUCGCCUAGGCCCCCAUGCAAACCGCGACUAUGGCGCCGCGGAGGGAGCUGAAGGCUACCUUCGAGCAUGUCGCACACACGGUUGGCAGGUGCCUCCUGGUUUCAGGGAAAUGGCUUACAGUGGCUCUUCUCACUAG